AUGCCACCAAAGUUCGACCCGACUGAGAUCAAGAUCGUCUACUUGCGUUGUGUGGGCGGAGAAGUGGGAGCCACAUCAGCUCUCGCACCCAAAGUUGGGCCCCUUGGAUUGUCGCCAAAGAAGGUCGGAGACGACAUCGCGAAGGCAACGCAAGACUGGAAGGGAUUGAAGGUCACCUGCAAGCUCACCAUCCAAAACAGAAAUGCCAAGAUCGAUGUGGUGCCAUCAGCUGCGUCGCUCAUCAUCAAGGAGCUCAAGGAGCCACCUCGCGACAGAAAGAAGGUCAAGAACAUCAAGCACAACGGCGAUCUCACCAUCGACACCAUCAUCAAAAUCGCGAGGACCAUGCGCAGUCGUUCAAUGGCAAAGAAGUUGGAGGGAACGGUGAAGGAGAUCCUCGGAACCGCUCAAUCGGUCGGCUGCACCAUUGAUGGACAACACCCACACGACGUCAUCGACUCGAUCAACAAUGGCGACAUCGAAAUCCCAGCCGAA